CUUCCUUCGCACUUCUUUCGCCCAGACGGACUGCUCCUUCUAAAUCCUGAUGGUAGGCACCCUGUCUACGACCUUACAGAGAGAGCGGAAGCUGCAUGGAAGGCAAAACUUGGCCAGGCUAGCACGACCUACGAGCAGCUCGUCGCUGAAUAUGGCAGGCGGUAUGGUAGGGCGCCUCCACCAGGAUUCCGGAAAUGGUGGAAGUACGUCCAGGAGCACGAUGUCCAGUUGCCAGACGAAUACGACCAGAUCUAUCACGACCUCCAGCCAUUCUGGGGCAUCAAACCAGCGGAUCUGAGGAGGAUCCUGGCGGAAUGGGAACAUCACCAAGAUACUUAUACACUUGGAAAAGAAGAAGGUGGAUCCGUACUCAUCGUUGCAGAAAAGCUGCCUGAAGACCAUGCUAAACGCGAGAACCUCUUGGUUGGCGGAAAUCAGAUGCUCAAGUUGCUAGCGGGCAUUGGUCACUUAUUACCACCCUUCCGUGCCGUCUUCUCUCCGCAUGACAGUGCGUCCGUAUUCAUCGACUACCAAACGAGGUCUAUGACAUUGAAAGCCGCCGCCGCCGGUAAUGCACCAGAUACAAAGGAACUUCCGCGCCCUCGAAUGCGAGGAUGGGUCACCGCUUGUCCACCCGAGUCGCCUGCCCUUACUAAGCAGUUGUACACUCCAAAGGAUGCCAAGUCCUUUAUAUACGACCACCGAGCUGCUAUGGACCCCUGCAAACACCCUUCGUUGUUACGAGAACACGGCCAGUUCGUGGCUCACGACGUCGGACCGUACGGUCUUCAGACUCCCGUUCCACUCUUCUCUUAUAGCUCUUCAGCAAUACACUCAGACAUACACACAACUCCGACGUUAUCGUGGGUUGAGGAUGUCCUUCCCCGUGAAGUCGAUCCCGAGUUCAAGUUUAAGGUUGAUAACCGGCUUCUUUGGAGGGGAGCGAACACAGGUAUACGCCAUGAUUCCACGAAGGAGUGGAAGCUCUCGCAGAGGAACCGACUUGUAGCUUUGGUCAAUGAGCAAAAUGGCACAACAAUUGUCCUUCCUGCGCACGUUUCACCGUUUGAGAAGGUUGGUACAGGGGACGAAGUAAACAAGGUGGACGUAAACCCCAUACUGUUCGACGUCGCCUUCGCUGGUCGUCCAUUGUCCUGUGGUGAGGACGAAUGCCAGGAACUUUUGGAGAUAUAUGAUUGGCGAGGGUAUCAGAACAUUUCCGAGGCAGGGAAGUACAAGUAUGUGUUGGAUGUGGAUGGAAAUGGGUGGUCAAGCCGGUUCAAGCGGUUGAUGACAUCGAACUCCUUAAUUUUUAAAGCCACAGUAUACCCUGAAUGGUUUACGGAUCGCAUCCAACCCUGGGUUCAUUAUAUACCAGUCAAAUAUGAUUACUCAGAUGUACACGACCUGUUGACCUUCUUCCGGGGCGAUCUUUUGGGAAGAGGUGCUCACGAGGAAAUGGCUGGUAAAAUUGCGGGGGUAGGACGGGAAUGGAGCAAGACCUUCUGGAGGACCGAGGAUAUGGUUGCAUAUAUGUUUAGAUUACUCUUGGAAUAUGCUCGUGUAAUGAGGGAAGAUAGAGAUGUAAUAUCC